AUGGCUUCGCCUGCUUUCCCCUUCGCCGCCGCCCCUUUCGCCAUUCCAAUCAUCUCGAGCAUCGCGCCUUGUAGGUUGGGUGCUACUUGCCCCCCCUGGGAAUUGCUGCCUGACCCACCAAUCCUCUUUACUGGAUCCUCUGCAGAACGGGCUCUUCUUCUGCUGUACUAG